AUGUCGCGAGUAUGGAAUGCGUACGAGUCGUUCCUGCUCUCCAAUGCGUCGCAAAUCACGGCGGUAGAGUCGUCGUUGCGCAGUUUUACAUAUAUUCUGCCUGGUCGGUUCAAGGAUGCCGAAUUGGCAGGUGAGGCCAUUUAUGCGGCCGUUCAUCUGCUGGGCAUGUACCAUGACUCGGUCCUCUUCCGCAUCGUAUAUGCACGCAGCGCACGAGACGCACAGGCUUCCAAUGUGCGUGCCGGCGCGGACGUGCCAAAAAUGUCGCUGCAUGCGCGCUACACGGCGUACUGGCGCUCGUUGAGCGGCAAGUACCAUCGCGCAGCGACGGCGCUUAUGAUCGUCGAGGCAACGCAGCUUCUGGCUGAGAUGCUAGCGCGCCGUCGUCUCGGUAAGGCACGUGCUUGGGACGUGGUCGUGGCCAUUGAGGCGAUCAAAGCCGCGCUGCGUUUCUCCUUGGUACGUGCGUCGCAGCGUCGUCCAGUCAUUUCACCGCCGCUGCCGCAACGUGAAUUUGAUCCAGCCCUCCUGGAGCGUCAGCGUGUGCCUGGAUCCGCGGCAACGUGGCAGGGCAGCCGGACAGGGAUCAUCCGUCGCUCCCUCAGCACGAUGCAAGGCCGCGAUGCCUACGAGCAUCUCUUGUCACACACACUGACAGAGCAAGACGUCUCACCACCGCCCCUCCUGGUUCGAGCGCUCUCGACGAACAUCGGCAGUGCCGCAGAGUGCCUAUGGAUCCUCCGUCCAUUGGUGUAUGUGCUGCUACUUCGCCACUACGGCCCUCGCGAUACGCGCCCCUUCGUCACGUCGCUGCUGCUUGAAUGGCUCGCACGCGCUGUGCGUAAGCAGGCGCUCUUGCCGCGCGGUCUAGCGGCCAAGGAUAUGCCGCCGCCACCGCCUUCGUCGAUUUCGCUUAUGCUUACGAUGCUCGGCAUUGAGAACUCGAUGCUGGACUGGCUCGCUAGCUCAUUGUCGGCGCAGCCACGGCAUCCUGCUCUGAAGCCUGUGAGCGCCGUAGAAGGCGACGAAUGGGCUUCGCGUGAUCGGGCGUUCUGGUGGUACCUGCUGCGCGGCCCUGUCUGGUACCAGUGGACGCGGCCCAAGAUCGCCGGGUUCGUCGCGCGAACAGAAAAGCGCCGUAUCAUUGGUCUGCUGGGCAGCAUUGUCGGCGAAUACCUUCCGCUCAUUGACGACUACUAUUACUACUCCUCUGUGUAG